AUGACAAUCAGAACAAAAAUCGUACAGUGGAAUGAAUCAAGAACAAGCUGUUCACCAUACAACACUAAUUUCUGGUUACCAUGUAUCUGCGGCAAAAAACCAUGUAUCAUCGGAAAAACCGAGAGAAUUCCAUUGCAUUUGCUUUCACUCGUCUUCAAUGCUUCACAAUACUUUGGAAUGGAAGAGUCCAAUGUAAAUUUUAAAUGUUCACUGAAAUGACAGUUUCAAGGCUACUAUUUUCAUACUAAUGAUGUUGCGAACAUUACAGUAACUGAGCAAAACAAAAACGUUACUGAAGAGUUCAGAAUAAUGUUGGUUCGCACUUAAGGAGGAAACUAUGCGCUGUCAAGCCCACCAUGCGAAAGGCACCAAGUACUCUCGAUCUGCCUUUCUCGGUUCUCUAAUGCACAAUCAACUCUACUUACAUCCAAUUUUACCCCACUCUGUGGAACUCUGGUUAAUUUCUUCGACUCUUACAAUUUGAUUCUCUCUGAAUCAUUUUUAUUGAUUUGUAUCGCGCAUGCUACAAAACGAACUAUGAAGUACACGCUUAUAUAGUCACUAGAGAUAGGCAUGGGCGGGUAUGCCAAUCUCCUGGCCUUGAAUGGUUAUUUUAGACCACGACGUCUAAAAGGUAGACAAUGACUCAAGCAUGGCGAUUCUAUUACGCAUUUCGUUUAAACGCAAAGAAUUCAGACAUUUUUCGCUCAUAAAUGGUAUAUUUAGUUUUUCUUUAUAAAAAAUGUUAGAUAAAAAUAUUAGAGAAUACUCGAAAAUCAGAUUUCAAAAUACUUAAAAGAACAUUUUGGCUAUAACUAUCAAUUUUUCUAGUUUCAGAAUACGCUGUCUCUAAAUGCCCUUCAACCAGGUACGUUCUAAAAUAGAUGAAAUGUCUGGCAGUCAGAAAUUUUCAGAGAGUUUCCAUCGACAGGUUCUUUCAAACUUGUUAAGAUUAUCAGAUGUUUGUUUAGAAAUGUCAAAGAUAACUGGCUUUUAGUGGACAAAUUCUCCGUGCCGUGCAGCCUAUAAUAUUGCUGGGUUGUCAACACUUUGUAUGCUUCUGACCAGAUUGCCGGGCACGGACCAAAAGCCCGGCGGUCAGAAUUUUUAAAAGUGCCACUAAUUGGUUCCAUUCUCCGUUCUCCAUUGAUCAAAAUCUUAGAUAAAAGUAGUACAGAAUACUUGGCGAUAAGAUUUUAAAAUACUCAAAAGUACAUUUUGGCUAAAGCUGUUAUUUGUUUUAGUUUAAGAGCAAGUUGUCAAACCGUUAUCUCUUUAGAAAUUUUUUCAGUAAAAAUUCAAUCUGUUUUGCAUUUAUGGAGCGCCGUCUUUUCCCAGUAGAUUUAAAUUGCUAGAAAACAAUAUAUAUAAAACACUUGGUUCAUACGUGCGUUCAUGGAGACGUGGAGCGCGUGGAAAUUUUUAAAAACGACGCCUCGAGCAACUUCUCUGUCGCUGUCUAAACUUCCCGUAUAUCGGCCAUGAGAGCACGCUUAAGUAUAAAUUAAUUGUUAAUUCAAAGUGACAGUAUGGUUAAUCAGUGGAUACCCUGUAUAGAACAUGAAAAUAUCAGAUGAUGGAAGAAAAUAUCAUGAAAAGGAAUUGAUUGAAUCAACGGUUUUUUAUAUCUCUGCUUCAAUAAGCUUGUGGAGUGAUUGCUUUGAAUCUGUUCAUGGGUGCACAGCUGUCUUGAGGUUGCGACGUUUGAGAGUCGUAUAGCUGAACUAAAACCAUGUAUACCUGAUCUAGAAAUGUAUACAAGCGAGCAGCUAUAGACCCAUGCGGUCAUAGCUACUUGUGUUAACAAUCAAAAUCUUUGAUUCACUGCACAGAGUGGGUUGACUAAUCUCAUGUUAUGACUAUAUUUGGUCAUGGAUGAUUGACAUCGGGUUCGUUGGCCUGACAAUUUUGGUGGAUGGUACUGUAGGCACGCAUUUUUUUCGCAGUAUUUUGUUUGUUAUUACAACGCAAUAUGAGCUGAGUGCAAGUAGGAACAUCACUGCCGCCACAGUACACACCACCAAAGACAAAAUUUCGUUUGUAAUUUGUCAGUUAAGAGUGUGGCGUUCUCUGAAGUGAAAAGACCUUGAAUGACCUUCAUAGCGAUCAGGUAGCUUUUAUAUUGAAGGGUCACGUGACAGACUCUGUGUCAGAGUGUACAUGAAUUAUCAAGGAAUCUAGAAAGAACUGUCAAUAACAGAGCUGCCACUUGUCAAGCCUUUAUGUCAAGUAUCGUUUAAAAGUUAUGCUGGUCAGAAUUCCAAGUUUAUCCAGAGAACCUUCCAAAAAAUUUGCAGAGAAAGCUUGCAAAAUUGGAUGCAAAUCCCAGUUCUGAUUACUCGAACGCUUCAUGUAUACCGUAGGGUAUACCCCCAGAUACGUUUAGAAGAUAACAGCACAAAUCUGAAAUAUGUUGAGGGGCCAAAUUUUGUUUUUCUAACACACAUUUCAGUUGUCUUUGUAAGUGACUUCUUUUUCCUUUAUCACAUCUAG